AUGGGUGGCAACCAGUCCUGGGUCAACGAAUUCUUCUUGGUGGGCUUUCGGCUCAGUGCAGAGAUGGAAGUGUUUCUCUUCUGGAUCUUCUUCCUGUUAUAUAUCUUCAGCCUCCUGGCCAAUGGUAUAAUCUUGGGGCUCAUCUGCUUAGACCCUAGAUUGCAUACUCCCAUGUACUUCUUCCUCUCCCACCUGGCUGUCCUUGACAUAUCGUAUGCAUCCAACAAUGUCCCUAAGAUGCUGAUAAACCUCAUAAGCCACAAGAAAACCAUUUCUUUUGGCCCAUGCAUAACACAGACAUUCCUGUACUUGGGCUUUGCUGCUACGGAGUGUCUCAUUUUGGGGGCAAUGUCUUAUGACCGGUAUGUGGCCAUCUGCCACCCCCUCCAUUACACUGUCAUCAUGAGCUGGAGAGUGUGCAUGGCCCUUGCUGUCACUUCCUGGUCAUCAGGAUUCCUCCUCUCUGUAGUACAUGCAGUUCUUCUGCUGAGGCUGCCCUUCUGUGGGCCCCAGGAAGUGAACCACCUCUUCUGUGAAAUCCUGUCUGUCCUCAAACUGGCCUGUGCUGACACUGGGCUCAACCAACUGGUCCUCCUGGGUGCCUGUGUUUUUGUGUUAGUUGGGCCUAUCUCCUUAAUUCUUAUCUCCUACAUGAAAAUCCUCUGGGCCAUCCUGAAGAUCCAAUCAGAGGGGGGCCGAGUAAAAGCCUUCUCCACCUGCUCCUCCCAUCUUGGUGUGGUCGGGCUCUUCUUUGGUAUAGCCAUGCUGGUUUACAUGGUUCCAGACUCCAGUCAGCGGGAAGAGCAGGAGAAGAUGCUGUCACUGUUUCACAGUCUCUUUAAUCCAGUGCUAAGUCCCGUCAUCUAUAGCCUGCGGAAUACUCAGGUGCAGGGUGCCUUCCACAGGGCUUUGCACAAGAGAAAUGCAGGAGGGACGGCUGGGUAG